UAUUUUUACAGGACUUAAACUUUAUCACAAAUAAGAAUAUACAAUUUAUCCUGUGCAGGGCGGUCGUCAAAAUAAAACAGAUAGCCUAUAGUUGAAAUAAGCUAAUUAAAAAGUUUGAUCACACAAUCUUCAAGUCUAUUUGUUCCGUUGUUAACUAUCAUAAAGUGAGUGGGCUUAUCUUAACAUCCUACAACUACAUUACUUACCUCGAACUCUGACAGUCAGGGCGGCGCCUGGCUAUAAAUUCCAACACUCAAUAUUUCUCAACUCCUGCGCAUUUACAAACUCUCUUCAACCGCCAUCUCCUCGCUCCGUAACGUUAACCAGCAGCCAUGCCUUCUGAACUGGAACGCUCCAUGGAGUCCCUCAUCACGGUGUUCCACCGUUAUGCCUCCAAAGAGGGGGCCGGUAACUCGCUCAGCCGCCGUGAGCUCAAGGACUUAAUGGAGAACGAGCUCUCUGGGUUCCUCAAGUCUCAGAAGGACCCCGCUGCGAUCGACAAGAUCAUGAAAGAUCUAGACGCCAACGGAGACGGAGAGGUGAACUUCGAGGAGUUUGUGUCCCUGGUGGUGGGUUUGUCCAUUGCCUGUGAGCAGUGCUACCAGAUGCACCUGAAGAAGAUGGGGAAGAAGUGAGAAGAAGGGAAGGUUCAAAUAUUUCACUUUUGUAAUAUCACGCUGUUCAUUAAAAAACAUGGAGCAACA